UCUGCUCUUCGAAAAGGAGGAGCAUCAAAAGAGGGAGAGGACAAAAAGAAUAAGAAAGAAUACAAAGCGAAAAAGUAUCGUCCCCACUUUUCCCCCCAGUAGCGAACCAUCGUAAGCGGCAGUUCACUUGUCAUGAUGGGUCCCCAUGUCUCCGAUUAUUCAUUUAACGGGACUCGCACAUCCAUAACAGCCGGAGAAUGAUGAUUUCUCCAGAAGACGGCGAGUUCGGAAUUCGGCUUUUGUCUUCAGUCUUCUUCGGGUGCGCGCUUCGGAUGGACUGCUUCGAUGAUUCUCUACGUCGACAAAAAAAUAAUCGUCGAGCUUUCUUGAUAAUUUCGGCAAAGUGCGAAUAUCAUUCAGUGCCUCGUGUGGAAAAAAAAUUGAAACUGUUCCGAAUCGUAAUCUUUUUCGAUAUCGAAGAAAACAUAGACUAAUCGUUUCCGAUAUAAUUCGAUUUGAUUUGUCUCUUGAAGACGCGAGACUUGAUUUGUUAACAAUCCAAUGUGUAAUCAUUUUCAAUAUUUAACAAUCUCAAUGCUUAAUAUGUUGUCAUAAUGCGACGAUGAUAUAAUUAUUUGAUUGCCGAAUGACAUUGUGCGUAAAUAUUAUUAUAAAAUUAUUCAGCAUUUAGUUCGCGGUACUUAACAUCUCGCGCGCCUCGUGACGAAAUACGUUUUCACGUGUAACUGCGAAGGACGAGCUAAAACUUUUGUCACUUCGCGGUUCGUUGCAUGAUCUUCUCGUAAGUCUAUGAGGGGGUCUCUUAGGUGUCAGUGACGCAAGGAUCCCGCCUCUCACAACAUUUAAAUGAAACGUGCGCCGCAGCCACGUGGUAUUUAGACCGACAGUGAACGUCAACGCGAGUAACUGCGCGAAUAUUAUCUCCAGACGACGUCCGAACAGCCGACAAGAACUUGUCUCCAUAAAUUCUUUUGCUUCGCCAGUAUAAUCCUCUUCUUCAAAUUUAAUUCGAUACAAACGCGCGCGCGAUCGUAGUCAUAAAAUUUUAAAGACUCGUGUUAAUCUCGAGCAUAAGUGUACAAUAACUGAAAGAUAGAUAGACAAGGACAGUAUCGACUAAAAAAUCACGAGGAGGCUGUAUGACAGAGUUGUGAAAGAUCGAGAAUUGUGAAUUAUUAUAGUCGAAGAGAGAGAGAGAAGAGUUUUAAGAGCGUAGGACGAGCGUACGCGAAGCGCAAGCAAGAAAAAACAGGGGUUUUGGAAUUUAAAUAUUUAUUAUUUGAGGUUUUUUUGAUGUGUGUAUGCGUGCGUUGCAACGAUAAUCCGCAUAAACCUUAAACCAGUCGACUUUGAAAUCUCUGCCGGCACGCAUCUUGCACGGCACAUCCGUUUGCUCGCGAACGUGUUAGCUCAUUAAACGAUCCAACACGGGUUCCGUACUGUCUAACGUGUUCCUAGAACAUCGGGGCAAAGAUGAGGUAGGACAACUAGUCGGUGCCAAAACCCAUGGCGCAACACCCUUAGUCAUGGCAUGUCGGAACGGACAUUACGAUGUGGCAGAAUAUCUUAUUGAAAAAUGCGGGGCGGACGUGGAGCAGCCUGGGUCAGUGGUCUUCGAAGGCGAGACGAUCGAGGGUGCACCACCCCUGUGGUGCGCGGCGGCCGCUGGUCACUUGGCGCUAGUCAAACUGCUGGUGAGACGAGGCGCCAAAGUGAACUCGAUCACGAAAACAAAUUCUACACCUCUCCGCGCUGCAUGUUUCGAUGGACACUACGAUAUUGUCAAAUUUCUAGUACAACAUGGUGCAGAUAUCGAGAUGGCAAAUCGACACGGGCACACAUGUCUGAUGAUCGCAUGCUACCGGGGUCACGUUAAAAUCACAAAGUUCCUACUCGCCUUGAAAGCGGACGCGAAUCGCAAGUCCGUGAAGGGUAACACGGCACUGCACGACUGCGCCGAGAGCGGAUCCCUGGAGAUACUGAAGAUACUCGUCGAGCACGGCGCUCAGAUGGACGUGGACUCCUAUGGGAUGACGCCACUUCUCGCGGCAGCAGUAACAGGUCACACGCAUAUCGUCGAGUACCUCAUAGGCAUUCCGCAACUGUUCAGCAGGAAAGAACGCAUCGAUGCGCUAGAGCUACUCGGGGCAACGUAUGUGGACAAGAAAAGGGACAUGAUAGGUGCUCUGCAGUUCUGGAAACGAGCCAUGGACGAGAGAUAUCGGGGAGACGGCCCGAUGAUAUCAAAACCUGAAUUUCCACCCCUUGUAGCCGCUUACGAUUAUGCCCGAGAGGUAGUCGAAGCCGAGGCCUUGGACGAUUUGUUGGCGGAUCCAGAUGAGAUGCGCAUGCAGGCACUGGUGAUUAGAGAACGGAUAUUAGGACCGGCUCAUCCGGACACAAGUUACUACAUCAGAUAUCGCGGGGCGGUUUACGCGGAUGCGGGUAAAUUUCGUCGUUGUAUCGAGCUGUGGAACUACGCUCUCGAUAUGCAGCAGAGCAUGCUGGAACCGUUAAACCCCAUGACGCAGAGCUCUCUAUUCAGUUUCACCGAACUCUUUAGCUUCAUGGUGGGCGAAGAAGGCAGACAGACAACCAGAGGUCGCAGAGUACCACCGGUGAAGAGAGAAGAUCUUUUGAGAGUCUUCGAGAAAGCUGUUAACGAAGUGGCGAAAGGAAAGCAAAUGUUGGACAAAAUGAGCGAUUUGGCAUGCGAACGCGAUCUAACGUUCUUGAAUAGGGUCCUAGUAAUCACCCUGCAUUUGGCGUGUCUGUUAACACGCGAGACCGGGGAGAAGGAUAGUGAAGAAUUCAUCGCUUUACAUAAGGAGCUGUAUAAGUUGGUCCGAAUAAAUGCCAAAGGCAAGCAGGGUCGCGACGCACUGCAAUUAAGUCACAGCGAGGACGGUGCCCUGGUUGGCAGGUAUCCCACGUGUAAAUUUCCGUCUCCUCAUUUGACCAAAGCUCUGCUGAGAGUAGGUGCAGAUGUAACUGCCAAGGACAAUGACGGGAACACGGCUCUUCAUCUGACUGCGCUGUUGCGUCCUUGGCGACCGGUCUUAUCGAUCGACCUACUCGAUGCCGGCGCGCAUCUUGACGCCGUGAACAACGACGGCAAAACAUUUGAAAUGUUAUUGUGCGAUAAGGAGCUUUACGACUCAAUUUAUCCCCUGAAAUACACCAAGCUCGCUUGUCUUGCCGCGCGAGUGGUCAGAAAGACGCAAAACAUUAGUAGAAUACCCCAACACCUUCGCCCUUUUGUCGCAAUGCACUAGCAAUAUCAAGAAGACACAAAUAUAAGCGAAUACGCACAUGCGCAGGACGCGACACCGUCGAUAUCGAGAUACUACGGCGGGCAUCUCAUUCUAAUUGACUGAUUAUAAGAAAAUUCGAUGAAAGAAUUUGGUAGAGAUUAGAAGUGAUAAUUCAGGUGUUGACGAAUACGGUUGGCAAUUCAUUUAUUCUGACAUUGAGACUCGCCUUUUUAUAUUAGUCCAUAUCGGAAUAAAGGUAAAAGAUUGUUCUCGUAAAGCACAAUUCUUUUAAUCAACAGAAUGGGAUGUACUAUGAAGCACACAUGAUCCCAAAAAGAUCUCUUAAUUAUUUCCUUCGAUAUAAAACAUGUUUCGCAAUAAGAUUUUCUCAAAAGAAUUGGCGUGGCAUUUUUGCUUAUAUUUUACAAUUGGAAUCCUUUUCUUUGCACUUGAUAAUUAAUUUAUUCAAAAAAAAAAAAAAAAAACAUGAAGUACAAAAGUUUCUAAAGACAAUAAAAAAUUUGUGUUUAUGCGUGUGCGUUUCGCUAUUAAAAAGUAUCGUCCAAUAAAGUAAAAUAUUGUAUACAUCAUUUUAAUAUGACUAUAAUAUUUGAUAUUUUGAAAUACUUUUGCAAAAAGAAAAAUUAAAACACUUGAUGCAAAACACAAUUUAAUCGUCAUUUAUAUUUAUUCUGAUUCAUACACAGACUUCUAUAUGUAUAGAAAUCUGUGGAUUCAUAACUUUCUUGAUGAACUUUGAGGUUAUAUCAAUUAAAUAUCUUAUUGUAUUCGUCAUUUAAAACUGUGUUCGAGUGCGACGAUAUUUUCAUUGAAAUAGAAUCGAUCGUCUAUAUGCUUUUUUAACAAUUUCUUGUUUGCCAUUAUUCUCGUUAGGUGGAGAUUAGUGAAUUAGGUGGAUAUGUCGAGAGAUGAUAUAUUUGGAUAGAUCUCUUUGGUAUUGAGUGUGCAACGUUAGGAAAGACUAAAUCUUUGUGAAUAAGUUAAAAGUAUUCAUCGGCAUUGAAACGCGGUGAUAUUGAAUGUGGGGAUAUUGAAUAUUGUGAUUUUAUUAUUAUGAAGUCGGCUAAUUAAAGGCCUGUCCCUUAUACAUAAACCCCGCGCGAGCCAUAUUAUAUAUACAUACCACGUUGAUGAUUGCUUAGCGAUAAUGAUAAAUAUACGCUGAAUUCAAGAGUGUGUAAUCUUAGAAAAAUGACUUUUUACCUUGCUGUGUAUAAACAAAUGAAAAGAAAAACAUGGAUUUGUAAUAAAAGUUUUCUGAUAAAUGAUGAAUAAUGCAAUUCUACAUUUAUAUAUGCUACUUUAUGUAUAUAGAAAUGAAUACGAGACAUAAAAUCGCCGUAUGUUGCGUUUAUAUUUUCCGUUUCAGCACGCCAAGCAUAUCACACGAGUUGUUUGAGAUUUUGUUAAUCCAGUAAUAUCCCCAGGGCUAAUGACAGCAAUCGGAAUUGACGAUUCAUUCGCAUAAGCAACGAGUUUUUAUUCGCUUUUAUUUCAAAAAUGUGAUAAUCCAUACACAUAUAUAGACUAUAUAGAGAGAGACACGUCGCUACAUAAUUAUAUAUAAUACAUAUAAACGAGCGUGUGAUGUUCAAGGUGCCUUUUGCUUUCGAGGUAUUAAACGAUGUUACUUAAAUACUCUUUUAUUAAACGCGAACGCGGUUGUUUAUACUAUAAAGACAAAUUUAUACGAAAUGGUUCAUAUAUAUUACGCGAUUUUAUAUAGGUUUUACAUGUUGCAUUCAAAUCGUUUAUCUUAUUACUGACACAUUUACACCGCGUCCGAUUUAUUGACUUUACCAUUGUCAUGCUACAUUAGGACGCCGCAUUACGAUUCCCUACAAAGAUGGUAUCUUUACACUUAACACAUAUAUCGAAAGCUAUUUUAUAAUGUAAAAAUGGACGAAGUAAAAAAAAUAUAAGUGUAAAAAUACGAUUUCGGUGAUUCGCUUUUUUUAUUCUAUACAACUUACCGUCCCGCAAGAUUCGACGUCGCUCGCGAUAGCUUUCCUGGAAGAAUAACAUAUUUGCGUGAGGUGACUGUUUGUCGGCUGUUAAAACUUACCUGACUUGUCACGUUGGGACAGAUAUCUCUCGAUCGUGACCUGUGGAAAUAAUUAAUGAUAUCCACGUUGUAUUUAUAUGUCCCAAUGUAAUAAAAGUAUUCCUUAUAUGAUAAUUUGUAUACAUAUUGUGUCACUCUAUCUUAUGAGAAGGAAAAAUGCUUCUCUUAUAAUGCUCUUAUAAAGAUAUUAAAUUUAUCUUACUACGAUAAAUAUAUUACACAAUGGCGAGAUAGCAAAUACUUCCUGGCCUCUGAAAUCGGCGGACCUAUUAUUGCGAAGGUAUAGGACAACUCUUGUAUCAUGUAUCAGAGCCUCCUAACUAACGUGUCAAUGACAACAAAAAAGGGACAAUACCACAUCUCUCCUCGAACACAUGGGAAUUUAAUUUAAACGCCGAUGGAGAGGACGAUUCGGUCAUUAAAAAAAUGCCAGUGGGUCUAUCAUCAAUCGCAGCUGGAAUGUCUGAGAAGUUUAGGAACACACACUUACCAUAGGAUUAUUGUUUAAACUCUGGAAAGAUACAAAGUCCCGUAUGCGAUACAGACCGACAGAGAUUGUAACAAAAAACUAUACAUUGGAAUAAAUACAAAUCAUCGAUACGCGUAGAAGAGAUGUCGUCGUCCAUAAUUCUACAGUUCUACACACAGAAUCACCCGCACCACGUUGGAGAAGCGAUGAAAAUCACACAUCCCAUAUUAAUCAUCCCUUUCUCGGUCACCCUUCUAUUAAAAUUCAUCAAUCCAGCUCAUUUUUAUCCGCAUAGUAAAAAUAUCAUUAAAAGCUAUUGGAGAUGAAGAACAUUAUUUGUAACAUCACAUACGGAUGGAUUCCGGCGAGCUUCGCUUUUAAAUUAUCUAAUAAACAUCUUUAAUGAUGCAACAGAUAAGCUUGUUGCUAAUCAGGGGCAGAUAACCGUCAAUCGUCUCUCUCUCUCUCUCUUCUUAUUCUCGGAAUGUCUUUGGAAAAUCGGGGAAGAAAAUUUUCUGAAAAAGUAUCUCACCUGCGAUGUGUGAACGAGCAUUUUUUUCCCACUGCGCAGAUUAUUGAUGUCCCAAUAUGCGGAAGAUAAUCAGGAGAGCGAUCUGUAUUUAAAGACGUGUUAAUAAACGAAUGGACUCGUAUCUGUUUAAAUGCAACGCGUUUAUAGAACGCUAGUUGUUUUUUUUAAAUGCGUUACAUUUAAACACGUACUAAACUCACUUUCACAAGAUUCAUCCGAACCGACACAAGAGAGUGACACCGUUUAAAAAAAUUAUAAUAAAAAUUCAUACAACAGCACAGAAAUAAAACACAACGACCAAUGUUUUUUUUUGUAGUGAAAACGGAUUUGGAUUUUAUUCAAUCACUGAGAUUGUGGUUAUACAAGAGUGGUUAUACAAUGCACAGAAUGUUCCUCGAGAUCUACAUGGCGAGAGAGAGGAAUUAUGUUUACCAAAAAAUAACAUCCCGCAAACGUUUAAAAAUACAAUUCCGUCCAUUGUAUUAAAAGCAAUUCAAAUUUCUUCCAUGUACAUACUGAAUAUUCAAAAAGCUUAAAAAGCCAACAUCAUUUGACAUCUUUAGAAGCUCAAUUUACUUUUUGGUAAACAUGCUACGAUGCAUAAAACGCUAAACAAUUUAGCCGAAUUUAAUUAUCCAGUGUUAUAAAGGCAUCCAAUGUUCGUUCGCCGAAGUCUCGAAGCGAAUGUGAAUCGAGAGGGGAUCUUCCUAAAACAUGGACUAUAGGAAAUUUCCCAUAUGCUGUACUUAGGUCGUUAAAUCGUUUACAGCGAUGCAACAGUAGCAAGAAUGUGGUACAAAAAAAAACAACAAAAA